AUGUCUGAUAGAAGUAAACUUUCAUACUAUUUUGCAAGAAAAUCAGAAAUUCCAUUACAACAGUCGUGUGAUAUAUAUGAUACAACAAUUGUUAAUCCAAAUAUUGUAAAUUUGAAUGAAUCAGAAACAUUAAACGAAGAUGAUGAAUUUCCACAAAGCUCAUCAACGAUAUCUAUGCCUAAAAAUCAAAGUGAAAGAUGUGAAAGUCCGACCACUGAAAAUUCAGCAACAGUAACAACAAUUGAUAAUUAUGGACCAUCAUUUAAUUUAAAAACUGAUUCAUAUAAACGAGAUCCUGGUCGAGGUCCAUCGGCAGCUAAAGAAUUUGUAUUAUUAGGAGCAUAUCAACCAAACAUUAAAUUUCCAACAGAUAAUCAUCGUCAUUUUUGUCGAGCUUGGUAUCAACUUUAUCCUUGGUUGGAAUUUAGUGAAAUGACGAAAAAAUCAUAUUGUUUUGUCUGUCGUUUUGGUUAUUCAGAAAGUCGAUUUGAAAAAGCAUUUACUAUUGAUGGAUAUGAUAACUGGAAAAUGGCCAUAUCCAAAUUUAAUAAACAUCAGGCAUCAUCAUCACAUAAGUAUGCAAACGAAUUAUGGAUUAAUGCAUGUAAAAAUUACAGAAGUAAUGAUGAUGUUUUAAAACAACUCGAUAAACAACAUGAAAAACAAAAUUUGGAAAAUCGAAUGUAUUUGAAAGAAAUAAUUCGAAGCAUUUUAUUUCUCGCUAAACAAGGUUUAGCGUUUCGAGGUCAUCGCGAGAAUGAUCAAUCUGAAAAUAAAGAUUUUUGUAAAGCUUUAUGUCCCACUAAUCAUACUCUUAAUUUUUUAGGUAAUCUUCUUGAACUUCUUGAACUAAGAAGUAUUGAAAAUGAAUUGAUUAAAAGUAAAUUAAAAUCUUUGAAAUAUACACACCAUUCAAUACAAAAUGAAAUAUUAAAUUUAAUACAAGAGAAUAUAUUAUCUCAAAUCAUAUUCGAGAUAAAAGAUGCCAAAUACUUUUCAAUCAUGAUCGACGAAACAUCUGAUAUUUCUCGUCAUGAACAAGUUUCAUUAGUCAUACGAUACACUGAUGAUCAAUUUCAUGUUUAUGAACGUUUUAUUGGUUUUGAACGAGCAUCUAGUACAACUGGUGAUGGUUUAUUUCAUUUACUAUUGGAAUGGUUAAAAAAAAUGGAUUUGAAUAUUAAUCAUAUAGUUGGACAGUGUUAUGAUGGUGCUAGUGCCAUGAGUGGUAUUUAUAAAGGUGUUGCAGUUCGUUUAACAGAGCUAGUACCAAUUGCUAUUUACAUACAUUGUAACGGACAUAUUUUGAAUUUGUGUUUGGUUGACGUAGCAAAAGCUGUGGUACCUGUUAGAAAUACUUUUGGUAUUAUGUCUUCACUUUAUAAUUUUAUUGAAGGUUCAGUGAAACGACAUAAAGUCUUUGAAGAUAUUCAAAAAGAAGUUGGUUUAGCACCUACACCAUUGAAGAAAUUAUCUGACACACGAUGGGCAUGUCGUUUUCAAUCUUUAAAAGCUGUCUUAACACGAUAUCCUGAAAUAAUUAUCGCUUUAGAAGAAAUUGAUGUUGGUGAUGCAUUCAUUAUGUUAAAAGUUAUACAAACAUUUGAUUUUGGUUUUCAUAUCCAUUUAAUGAUUAAACAAUGGUUCAGAAUAUGGAGUGAAGCUAUGAGUGUUUGUGAUGCAAAAAAUAUUGAUGAACCUUGUGAACGUCGAAAAAGGAAAGUUCCUGCACGUUUCGGUGGUGGUGAUGUUUUAUCAACUACAUUGUCUGUUAAAGAUAGUUAUAGAAUUUAUUCGUUUGAUGCUGUAGUAGAUGUAAUCAUAUCAUCAAUCAAACAGAGAUUUGAUAAAAACAAUAUUCAUAUAGUCAUCUUGUGUGAAAAAUUGUUUUUAACGAAUGUGUUUUUGGACGAUGCUGAAUUAACACAAAUUGUUAAAUUUUACAAUGUGAAUUAUGAUGAUUUACGAACUGAACAACGUUUGUACAAAGUAGCUCUUGGUGAAAAGAAUCAAUGGACACUAUCAUUAGCACGACCUGUCCACAUGGAAGAAUCAAAAAUUCAUUUUCGUCAAGUUAUAAUCGAAGUUUUGGAUCAUUUAAGUUCGGUUGAACGAAAAAAACUUUCAUUUUUGUUACUUGAUGAUAUUGAUCGUCGUAUUUGUGAUGAUCCAACCAUUGGAGGAGCUUUAGAUAGUAUUCAACAACUUGUGGAUCGAGGAAAAAUCUCCGAAGAAGAUUUUUCCUAUUUAAUCGAUGCUUUUCAAAGAAUAAAAUGUUAUCAAGCUGUGAAAAGUUUAAAAAAACUUGAAAAAAAUCAAAUCUCACGUUCAUCUACAAACCAUUAUUCGAAUAGCAACAGCAAUGAAAAUAAAUCCUUCGCUCUUAUUGAGAAAUGUUUAGAAGAUGAAGAAGACAAAAUAUCUUCAAUAAAUCACACAGAAGUUACAAUUGAAAAUCAUGUAAUAAAACCAUUAAUCGAAAAGGAAGAAUCUUCUAAAUUUCAUCCAAAUAUAUUCCCAUUAAUUUAUUUCAAAUCACAACGUCUUAUUUGGUUAUUCAUGUUAAUCAUUUUCUUUCUUAUCAUUCUAUUAUCAGUUAUUGGUUUCAAACGUUAUUAUUCUUCAUCGAAAGUCUCUACAAUACCCUCAAAAACAACAACGACAACAAUCAGCAUGACGUCAUCUUCUACGAAUGAUUCUCGAUGUGAAUUACCUCUUGGACGAUCAUGUACAAGUGAUACUCCAUCAAAUACAAAAUUAGAAGGUUUGGGAGUUUAUUAUGAGAAACCAUGUUACGGAGUUGGGUGUGGAUUUUUAAAACCGUUUUGUCGUCUCUGUUGGGUCGAUUCAAAAGCGCCUGGAAGAAUGGAUCGACUUCAAUGUCCUCCAUGUGUUCAAACUGUUUUAAAUCAACAAGAUUCGUAA